UCUAACAGUGUCGGAUCUAAUUAAUAUAUAUAUAUAUAUAUAUACACACGAAAACUGAAUGAAACAUAAAACUCGGAACAGAACCCACCGCUAGGAAAGAAGCAACAACCACCACCAAAGCAAGAAACGCAAAUCUAACGCCACAAUUUGUGUCACACCAUUUUAAACGAAGGGUUCUGAUAAUCUGGAAUUCGGUUGGGAUUUUUAAAUGGAACGUUGGUGUGGAGUUUUGAGAGUCCCGCUGCAUUCUAACAGUUCGACAUUCCAUAGAGUUGGCGCAUCUCUUUGCCUUUCUCCUGAAACCAGAACUUUGAGUGUGCCUAUAGCAAAUGCCAUCUUUUUCUGUGGCGAUCGAGUUGAAGGGACUGGUAACCCAGUGAUCGAGAAGCUAUCAGAUUUACAGAAACUAUCUGAAGUUGUCGUGUCGAAAUUCGGCUCUUUCAUCAAUGCUUGGAUUAUUGAGGCUUCUGUUUUUAAUGGACCUUGUGCUGUCUAUAAGGACUUUAUACCGUCUGUGAAUCAAUAUGGUGAGCCAAGGUCAUACCAUCCAAAUGGAUUCCCUGCGUCUACAUCGACCGUCUCACUUUUAUCUACGUGCCUCGAAGAAGUAAAAAAAAUCAUUUCAGGAGGGGAAGUAUACUCUCCUUCCUGUUGUUUUCAUCAGCCUAAGACAUUCAUCCUUGGAUUUAGCAAAGGUGGAACUGUGCUUAAUCAGAUAGUUACCGAACUCGGCUUCUCAAAUAUCGAAUCUAAUGUGAAUUCAGCUGAGGAGAUUUGCAUAGUCCCAAAAACAAAGGAAGCCUUACUUAACAGCAUCAGUGAGAUUCAUUAUGUUGAUGUUGGUUUGAACUCAACUGGUGCAUACUUAACAAACCAUGAUGUGUUUGAGAGAAUCUCCAAGAGGCUCGUGGAAGGAGCUUCUCGACUCCGUUUUGUCCUUCAUGGAACUCCAAGGCAGUGGACUGACAAGCGGAGAGAUUGGAUUCGGAAGGAGAAGGACAAAAUGAUGGUUUUGAUUGAAUCGGAAGGCGACAAGUGUGAAGGGAAGUUAGAAGUUAUGUCAAGGUAUUAUUUUGCUGAUAAGCCUCCAAAUAUGCAGAUGCACUUUGAAAUAAUUGAAAGCUUAGAUGUAAGUUAGUGCUCCACACAGGUCUGCUGGAAAUGUGUUACUUAUAUGGAUGAUUGUGUAUAUAUGGUGUUAUGCUGGAAUGAUUAUGAUUCUGAACAUAGAAGCUGAUUAAAAUUUUAUCAGGUUAGUCACUUCACCUGUAAUCUAUGUAGCACAGCCAUAGAUUCCAUGUAGGACACUGAUACGUAGAUACAAAUAACAAUUUUAAAAAAUGAAAGUAAUUGAAUAUAA